AAGCCAUUUUGUUUUUCAGGGUUCGUUGCAAGGGUUCUUGACGCGAGUUUUCGCCAAGCCAACAGCUGCAUUUGCCGCAGUUCUGUCUUCCUCUUCACCAUGUUUCCCUUGGCCAAAAACGCAUUAAGUCGUCUCCAAGUUCGAAGCAUUCAACAAACGAUAGCAAGGAAGAGCCAUCAGAAACCUGAUUUCCAUGACAAAUAUGGUAAUGCUAUAUUAGCCAGUGGAGCCACAUUCUGUAUUGCUGUAUGGACAUACAUGGCAACACAAAUUGGAAUAGAAUGGAACCUGUCCCCUGUUGGCAGAGUCACCCCAAAGGAGUGGAAAGACCAGUAAUCAUCCCAGCUGGUGUAAUAGUGAAUUGUUUCAAAACCAACUCAUAAUUGAUGCCAAGUAAAACCACUGUCUACCCAUUAAAAUAUGGCAUUAUUGAAGAAAUAAAGUACGUUUGAAACCUU